AAAAAUAUAACCACACAGUAUGUUAUCUUCAUUCCUCAGCCAUAUUCAUUCUAAGAAGAAAAGAGAUGGGAACCACCUCCCUCUCUUCAAACUCACCUUCCCUCAUCAAUAUUAUUCUAACUAGACGUUCAAGUUCACUCCCAUCAACCAGACACAACCGAUUCCUCUCAUUUCAACCUAGCACUUCCCUCACUUUCCACUCCAUCAUCUGCAGCAGCAGCAGUAGCACCAACACAAACACGGACGACGAUGAAAAAGAUUCAGUUCAAGCACCAACUCCAACACCAGCUGAACCGGUUGAACUAAGGCUGCGGCGAAGAUCGAAAAGACAAGCUAGAAAACAGAGAGAGAAUGGAACUCUCACAAAUAGCAUACAGCAACCCAAGGCAAAGGCUGCUCCUAAGAAAUGGGAGGACAUGAGUUUCACUGAGAAGGCACUUGAGCUUUAUGUAGGAGAGAAAGGUGCUCUCUUUUGGCUUAACAAAUUUGCAUAUGCUUCAAUCUUCAUAAUGAUUGGGCUGUGGAUAGCGUUUAGGUUUGUGGGUCCUGCACUUAAUAUUUAUCAGCUGGAUCAACCUCUACUGUCACCUGAGGAUGUACUGAAGGGAUCUUCCUGAUCUCAAGUUUUGAAGGAAUUUUAUGAAGCACAGGUGCUCCUGAAUUAUGUUGUUAAGGUUCAGAAUUUGGUCUGUCUUUUAUCAUAAUGCAUACAAAGAUUGGGUGUAAUUUGAUGUACAAUACUAUAACUAUUUAGGAGUACAAAAACCAAUCAUUUUGGUUAAAUGAGGGUUUCAAUGAUAGUCCUUCAUUUUUCUUCUUUUUAUUCA